UUAUAGUUCUUUUAAUGAUAGAAGGUGGUACUCUAUAUUUUACAGGAAGUCUAGGUAUAUGUAUGACGUUUUUUCCUUCAAAAUCGUGCUCUUAAAAGAACAAAAUGGGCCGUUACUCUCAUGAACCGGUAAAUGCAAGCAAAUCGUGCAAAGCACGAGGAUCUAAUUUGCGAGUACAUUUCAAGAAUACACAUGAAACAGCACGUGCCAUUAAGAACAUGUCUUUACGAAGAGCACAAAAAUAUUUGAAAAAUGUAAUUGAACACAAAGAAUGUGUACCAUUCCGUAGAUUUAAUGGUGGUGUUGGUAGGUGUGCUCAAGCAAAACAGUUUGGUACUACACAAGGUCGUUGGCCUAAGAAAUCAGCAGAAUUUUUACUUCAGUUAUUGAAAAAUGCUGAAAGUAAUGCUGAUGUUGAUGGGCUAGAUCUUGAUCGUCUUGUAAUUAAUCAUAUUCAAGUAAAUCAUGCUCCUUGUUUACGUAGAAGGACAUACAGAGCUCAUGGUCGCAUUAAUCCUUAUAUGAGUUCACCAUGUCACAUUGAGGUAAUUUUGACUGAAAAAGAAGAUUUUGUAGUGAAGAGUCCAGAAGAAGAACCAUCAAAAAAGAAACUCAGUAAAAAGAAGCUUGCCAGACAAAAGGAAAAAAUGAUGAGAGAAUAAUUUUAAAUAUUGAAUAUACUAUGAAAAAUAAAAAUUACACUGUUUUCUCUAAUCUUUUUAUAUCAUUUCUAUCCUUUUUUAUUAUAAGCUAGAAAUUAAUAGAAUAGAAAUCCUAUAUAAUUCCUUUGUAAUAUAGAUUUAAAAUGAUAAUUUAAAGGAAUAAUGGAUUUACUUUACAAAGUAAAAAACUUAAUUAAAUUUUUUUACUUUCUUUCAUUAUUACAUCGUUAUUUUACAUUUUAAAUGUUUUGUUACAAUUUAUAAAUAUGAUGUCCGUAUUUGGAGUACGAGUUAACGGCAAGAGAUACAAAAGUACGUACCAAAAAUGUUACAAAUAAUGUUGAGAAAUGAAAUGUCUACAGUGUAAAUAACUGUAUAUUUUAUAUUAGCGUUAAUAAACAAAAAUUCACACAUUAAGUUUUUUUCAAGAUUACAAUAUUCUAACAAAUAUCUAAUUUUUGAAUAUAUAAAGAAAUAUAUUUUUUUGUUUUCUUAUAAAAAAAAGAAAAUAUGUAUAAUGUAUGAAUUAACAUUUUUAUAUUUUGUUUAUUUUUGAAAAUAUCUACUAUCAUUUAUAAAUUCUAAUUGUUAAUACUAAUUUGUUUAUUCGAAAUUGAUAUGUAAAACAGGAAUGUGAUGCUCAAUCGCCGCAAUGUAUGUUGUCUAGAAUGAUUCGAUUAUUAUGAAUUAAAUGAACAAAUACAUGAACGCACAAUUUGUUAUUAUAAACGUGAUAAGUUUUUCAA